UAAAUACACACCUUACCUUCUCCAUCAUUUUCUCAACCAUUUGUUUUUUCUUCUCUCUCUCUCCGUUUUUUGGAUUUUGACAAUACGAAUCGAGAAAAAAGAAAUUAGCGUUUGCUUCGAUUUCGAUUAAUUUCGCGCCACAGAGACACGUUCCGUAGCCUUGUCUGAAUCUUAGGUUCGAUUACUCCUGUCUGUGCCCGUUUUUUUACUGUUGAAACCGAUUAGAUCUUAAGAUAGAAAGAAAAAGAACAAACGAUGUCGAGAUAUUUCACAUCACCACCGCCUGUGUAUGCGAGGAACUGGGCCAACGGUCAGAACUUGGUCGAAUCGACUAAGAUUGAAAGACAAAUAGUCACUUCAAAAAAGGUGCACCGUAAAGAGAAGAAGGAUAUAAAGAAAGAAAAGAAACAGAAACAGACGAAUGAGAAAACCAUUGAACAUCUAUAUCUACCGACCAAGCAAGUGUCUGAUGAAUCUGAACAACUUGAGAAGAGUUGUUUGACAGAAGAACAUGAGAAAUAUCUGUCUGAUGGAAGCCAAAGUAGUAAGAAGAGAAGAAGGGACGCUUCUCCUUCUGUUGAGAGUAAUAUCAAAGCUACGCCUGUAACUGGUAAUCCUCUACGGAUACGUUUUGUCUUCCAGAAGCCUAAGGAAGCUGAGCUUGUUGUCCCUCAAGCGCCUCAAGAGGUUCUUGUUUGUUCCACCUCAGGGACUGAAAUAUCAAGUUCUGUCUCAGGUCAUGAUGGGAAUCUGCUCCCAGCUUCUCUUGCGAGUGACGAGACUGCAAUUCUUUCUGAAUUAAAGAAAAAAAAGAAGCAUAAGACAAGCAAAGAAUCACGGUACAGCUCACUGUUUGAUGAACCGGUUCUUCCUUGUCUCUCCAUUGAAGAAGACAGUAGCAACAGCGAUGACUGGCUACUUGGUGCUAGGCGGCAAAAGAAUGUUUCCACCAAGUCUGCUAUGAAUGAAGACAUGGUCAUCAACAUGCAAAAGUCGGCAGAGUCCUGUUUUCCUAGUUCUCAGUUUUUGUCUGAAGUAGGAAUUUUUUCAUUGCCAUACACAGUCCUGUUCUAGGUCCCAGAUAAUUGUUUUGUUCUUUCUCAGCUUAGGCUAGGCCUUAACUUGUACAGUUCCACGAAUUGUAACAACCACAAAGAUGAGUAAUACUUGAAUGAUCUCCCUAUUUUUGACACUAA